GCAGACAGCAAGGAGGAUGACACAAUGGACGAGUUGGAGAAGAAGGUUCAUAUUGGUUUGGAGGAGCCAAUAGACGUCGUUGACGAUUUGAGCGAGGAAAUUGGAGAAAAAAGUCUUACCUAUUUGAUCCAGACGUCAUGGAAAUAGAACCCUUAUCCACUCAACGACCACACGUUUGGCCCGCACGUAGCAAGCGUGCAAGUGUUUGCUUGUCAACUCCCUUCACAGCUUUAAUUAAACGGUCUACAAAAUCAACCACCACCACCUCUCAGUCUCAACCAUCCGUUUAUGAUCCUAUGCACAAAAUACCUGACGCCCAUUUAGAUCGACUCAAAGCUUGGAUUACAGACAAGCAUACGAAAGAUGAGGUGAGUGAAACUUUUCACGAAAAAAAAUUGAAGGAAUUUUUCAGAGACUUGUUCAUGUGUCGUCGGUGGUUGGCGGAUGAGCAUUUGGAUGCACUCUUUCUUCUCAUUUGCUUCAACAUUAAGACAACCAUGAUACCUUCUACUCAAAACUUCACAAUUGUAGACACACUAUUCAUGCGACUAUUAGUUGCGAAGUGGCCUGAAUACCAAGAAUGUAUUAAAGAGAAUCGACCAUUUCACUGGAAGGAGGAGUAUCGGUUGGUUGACUAUGUUGUUGGAUCAAAACAAGGCUUUCAAGAUCCUUGGGCGAAUGUUGAUUACAUUUACUCUCCAUUCAAUAUCCAUGGCAAUCAUUGGAUUCUAUUAUGCUUGGACUUGGUAAGUUGUCAAGUUAAGGUAUGGGAUUCGCUUUCGUCACUUACGAGUGCCGAAGAUAUGAGAAGCAUAUUAAUGCCAAUUCGAGAGAUGGUGCCAAAUUUGCUAGAUACUACUGAAUUCUUUGUUAGAAGAGGUGGAUCAUCAACACACAAGGAACCUUGGCCACUUGUCAUUGUUGAAUCCAUUCCACUGCAACGCAACAAUAGUGAUUGUGGUGUAUUUACCAUUAAGUAUUUCGAAUAUGAAGCUUCUGGUUUAGAUGUAGUUACAUUAUGUCAAGAAAACAUGCAUAUUUUAGAAAACAAUUGA